AUGAGCAAUGAGGUCCCGCAGAUGUCUUCUGAGACAGAGAAGCCGUACUGCAUAUGGUAUCCUGACCUCGCCACGGAAGACACGUAUAGAUCCCUGGCUCAACGCUACCCAGAUAUGCAUUACAAUGUCGGGCGUGCUUGUGCUGCUGCGGGGUACAAGGCGCUUUACGACGAACUUGAUCUCCUGCCAGAUGUGUCCAUCGCCGAGGAAGCCCGAGACAAUGGCCAUAUGGACAUAUUCGACGCUAUCGUCAACCAACCCGUGAGAUACGCUGUCAUGGAUGACUACACGCGAACCGUCGAACUGGAGAAUCCCAGGCCUGGAGCCUGCCUUAACGGCGACACUGCUGUCCGAUCCUCACUCGAACGCCCAAUACCCAAGAAGAAGUUCCAUGUCACCCGCACUGACGGUCACUAUUUCAACAUACAAGAAGACAAGCAUGCCGGACCAUCAUCGUGGCCCACACCAGAGUGCUCAACACUGAAGGCCCGCUUCACCGAGCUCACCUACAUGCCGCUGCCUCGCGACCUUCCGGCUCUCAACAAAGACAUCCUCAUUCUUUUGGCCGCAUGGAACGGCAACGUUGAACGCUAUUCGCGACUGAGGCGACCUGUGUUGAUCCCUAACGAACUGACAGCCGUCCUUCGCGGGGUAUACCACCAUACUCCCUUCGCACGAUGGCUUUCCACGUGUGUCGAUGAUAUUGUCCCUCCUGACACCAGCUAUAGCGACGAGGUUUGGCAGGCUAUUCACGCGCGUUCCAUAAUGAAUGGGGAUCUCUCGCGUAUCGACAGCGAAACGGACGGUGAAAAGCUUCCCUUGCUGUUCUGGUGGCCGCAUCACCCGCACGAAACCACACUUCGCGAGCUCGUGUGGCGACGACCUGACCUCAGGCACCAGGUGACUCUAGCAUGCAUCGCCUCAAGCUACCAGCCAUUGUACAACGAGCUCACAACCGGCGAGGAACCGACGCAGCAGCAGCUGGAGAUGGCUGUCCAGGUAAUGAACCCUCACUACCGCGAAGACGUCAUUCGCCGCGCCGAUGAGCACGGAGUCAAGUUGUUCCCCUAUACAGGGAGUCACAACUGGGAACAUACGCCUUGGCCGCAUCCGACUCGCUGGUCGAGAAGUUACCUACGACCUGACAAGGAGAUAUGGAAGGACGAAUACACACCUCGCAUGCCAAAGGAGCUUUUCAACCGGCCAGACGAUCACGACCAUGACUGGGAUGAGUGGUGUUGGCUCGCCGGUGAUCCGCUCAGUCUCGUCAUGAACGAACAGAUGGACGAGUGGAUGUGUUUCAUCAGCGCAACAGACAACGCGAGACGGGAGGCCGCAAAGCAAGCGAGUGGCCCAAGGAACCCCUGGUAUCUAUACUCCUCGGAGGAAGACAAAAAACGUCGUCUGACCCCGGGGCCGGAGCCAUCGCGCCCGAAGAAUUUUGACGAUGAGGGCUACUUUACGUGA